AUGCCUUCGCAACGCCACCUCUUCGAGUUCCUGAUGGAGUUGCUCGUGCCACCAGAUCAGAACCGAAGAGGAUCAAACCGCCGUUACCGCACUGUAUCAACUGGUGCUGCUGUCGGGUUCUCGGAGCCCCAUGUUGGUUAUCUCUUCGCUGGCACCGAGGGUGGCGGGAGGACGCUUCGAAAGGUAUCCGAGUCGAGUGAUACCCCGGAGACCACCACCACACCAUCGAAGUCGUUUUCUAAUCACCCAAGUCAACAACUGCUACAGCAACGCGGUUUUACCUUUCAUCAGUACAACAAAUUCCGUGCCGCCUGCCUCCGGGAUCGUGAACUUCACGGAAAGGGUCUUUCCCAGGUAUGUUAG